CCCAUUCGCGUUGUCAUUGUCACGGCAGAGACAGGUUCGGGGAAGAGUACUCAGAUUCCUCUCUAUUUGGCACUUGAUGGUAUUAUUGCUGAUGAGAUGCGUGUUUUAUGUACAGCGCCAAGAAAGCUUGCGGCCAGAUCUGUAGCACAUUAUGUUUCGCGAGAACUUCAAAACACUAAGUACUUCGCAUCUGCCAAAAUAGAAGGUUUUUUAACGUGUGCCCAGGCGAAGUUUAUAAUUUGUGCUAAACGUGCUCUCCUUUGGAGGAUUGUCUUCAUAACGCCGUGGCAUUUAUUGAAAGAAUUGCGUGAGAAUGAGAUGCUGAAAGAAUAUGGAUGUGUGAUGAUCGAUGAGGCACAUGAAAGAUCGAUCGAUGGUGACUUGUGUUUGAGUGUGAUCAAGCGGAUAAUGAGAAGUCGAGAGGAUCUUAAACUUGUGAUCACGUCGGCGUCGAUGGAUGAAGGUGUAUUUAAGAAGUAUUUUGAUGAGUUCGGUGUGGCGACUCUUUCGAUUACAAAUCGCCAGUACCCAGUAGAAAUCAAAUACGCAUUGUUAGUGUUGAUUAUUUUGAAGAAAGUCACGAAUUUCAGUCCAUCAGAGGUGCAAGAUGCAGAGAUACGUUUGCAGAAAAUCUUGACGGGUAUUCAGUAUCCAGCACACGUGGAAAUUUUAUCUCUGCAUGGCAGAAUGAACCGACGUGAACAAUCACGCGCAUGCGCUCCGUGUCAUGGCGAUUGUUUGUUCAGGGUUCUUUUUGCGACCAAUGUGGCUGAAGCAUCACUUACAAUACCCAAUGUUCGAUAUGUUAUCGACUGUGGUCUUGCGAAGAGGGAACGUUACGAUGCAAUUCGUGAAACGAGUAUUAUACAAUUGGGCCGUAUCUCAAAGAGUGAAGCGCAACAACGGACUGGACGAAUUUGCUAUCGACUUUAUUCGGAGGAGGAUUACGAAACAAUGGAGAAGGUACCAAUACCGGAGAUAAUGAGGAAGAAUUUAGAUUCAGUCCUCUUGUAUUUGCUAUCAGUUGGCGUUGAAAAGCCGGAAACUUUUGACUUUAUUGGAGAAUCUAUUGGGAAAGAACGUUUUCAACAGUCGUAUACAACUCUAACAUCACUGCAAGCGGUCGAAUCCAGCGGAGGAAUAUUGUCGUUGACGCAGAUGGGUCGUCAAAUGACCGCUUUUCCAAUACCUCCUACAUUAUCCUACAUGAUAUUGGAAUCAAAAAAAUACAGUAUUGUGCCGGAAAUGGCUGUGAUUUGUGCAUGCAUUAAUAUCAGAUCAAUUUUCUCUUAUCGUCGCAGUCAAGAGGGCAAAUACCGAGCCGAUUCUGUGCGAUUACGUUUGAAUGAUGAAUUUGGUGAUCCGUUGACAUAUCUCAGGAAUAUUUUAAAUUGUUAUGUGAUUUUCCAGGAACAGUAUUAUGCAUUCAACUGUGAGCGAUAUGAAUUCGGAAUAGAUGGUGUUGCACAAGUCGUUCGUCGACUGUUUUGUGAAGUUUUUAAACGAAACGUCGCUGUUUACAGUGGAUCACUACAGGGCGGCUAUAUUAAUAUGGCGACCGAGGAAAGAGUUUGGAUUCAUCCAGCUUCAUCAUUGAGACAGUUAGGUGUAACGCCAGAAUAUAUCGUAUAUGAGUAUGCGCAUUGCACAAGUCGAUUGUUCGCAAAUGAUGUAAUGCAAGCUGAUGCGGAUUGGGUGAAGAGUGUUGUUAGCGAUCACGUUUUGAAGCGUAUCGAAGAGGUUCUCUUUGAGUGCUGGCGAGUGAUUGACAUCGUUCGCUUCUUGAAGAUACAUAUUGGAGCGGGCGCUAUCGCGAAAGAAAUCCUUUUGAGAGGUGAAUAUUGUACAAUAUUCGCGGGCAGAGGUCACAAAUACUUCGAUUGGCGAAUCAAUACCAAAUUUCUACACGAUGAAUUAUAUCCGCAUUUCGAAAAGUAUGGUAAGAUCACAUCUGUGGUAUGUUUCCGUGAGUUCUUGCAUGAGCGUACUGGUUGCGCUUGUAAGAUCCGUUUCGAUAAUAAAGAAAUCGCGAGACGUGUCGUUGAGGCGCAUGUGGACGAUUCAGAUUGGGGUGUUUCGGUAUAUGUCGAACCCGAGAGUGUCAAAAAGGUGAAUAUAUCACAAGUGUACGACUUUCAACGGUUCUUCAUCGAUGUGCGUUGGCGUAGACGAAAAAGUCAUCGAUGCGGAAAAGCGCUGUUACCAAACAUAUCGUUCGAACAGUUGCAACGAUUGGGCGAAAGAUUAGCACGUGAGCAUUUCCCUUCACAAGUAGAAACACACUACGGUCAUCAUCAGUCACUAUUUGACGAGCAGACGGAUUCGUUACGAUGGGAUCAAGCACCUCCAGAGAUUUUUUUUCGUGAAAUGGAUGAAGAAAUGACAUCCGAAGAAUUACAUGAAAGAAUUGAACCACAUUGUCGCGCAUUAAAUAUUGAUUUGAAAGCUGAUUGUGUUUUUGUGAUAUACGAUAAAAGUUAUCCACCUGAAAGUGGAGAAAAAUUACGAGAGUAUAAGGAACGAAUAAGUUCAUAUUUGGAAAGAUUAGGGAUGGAAUCAAAAAUUAUACCAGAAUCAAUUGAACCAGCACCGUCAACUUCUAUGCAAAGCGAGAUUGAUCAUGUGAAUAAUCGUGAAUUACCAUUCGACAUUGAAAUUGAUCCGGUAAAAAGAGCAUCAGAUCUGGAGAUAACUGCACGAGUACAUUUCCUCAAUGUGGACAUUGGUCGUAGAUUUAUGAGUGCAGUGGAGAGGAAUGUCGAGAGCACGGGAGUACCGCUUUCGAUGGGUGACGUAGUUGUUGACUCGGUUAAAAUGAGAGAGUGCUAUGAAAUCGGUUUUGAGAUGUCGAAAAGAUUGCUCACGUCACUCUACGAUGAUCUCGCUGACUUAGAACAACGAAUACAACGCUCAGGUAUUAUUAUUGGCAUGAGUCAGUUCACACCAAUAAUACCGCGGCUUAUAUCGUUAGCGUGCAUUACCACGACCAUGAACAACAAGCCAUUUUGCAGAAGGGUGUGUGAAGCGCAUCAGCAAUUGAGAGCAUUAGUUGAAGGAAUAACGCUCGACUGUAGAGAUGCAAACGAAAGACGGAGAGCUGGCGAGCAAUCGCUUGUGGAACAACCUUAUUAUAAACUGUUGAGCGAUGGAGCACGGAUGUUUAACCAAAUCCGGAAGAACAUAUCUGAAGAAGUCAUUGUGACAUUCGUGCAGUUAGAGAAGCUAAUUCGUUUGCAAGGAUCGAGGGAAUUAAUUAAAGAAACAAAACAAAUUAUCGACGACUUUCUCGAAGACAGGUUUUUUCUGAGAAUCCGUCUAAAUCCACCGUGCUAUCGCUAUGGAAUAACGAUGGCACUUCUCAAGGAAUUCGGUGAUGAAAAUUUGCAACGUUUGGCUGUAGAGAUCGGUUCAAACGUACAACUUCGUUUACGGAUGCCAAUGCAACAACUUUACUUUUAUGGUAUUGAAGCUGAAUACGACAAACUUUUGGAAUGGUUACGUGACUUCUCAGAACGCCUUCCACCUACCGAUGAAUUGAGUGAUGUUGAACCCUUAACGUGUGCAAUCUGUACGUGUGCACCGAAUUCGGAAUCAUUUUAUUGCUUUGAAGCGUGUGGACAUUACGCAUGUAUUGAAUGUCUCAACAAUCAGUUUUUACGGCGAUAUGAAGUUUACGGCGAUUUUUUUUUGAUUCAAUGUUUUCAGCAAUUGAUGAUGGACGGACGAAAAAGGAAUUUGAUGAGUAUUAGAGGUUUGAUUGAUAGUUCGCUGACAUUCUAUAUGAAUCGUAACAUCGAUAAAUAUCGUCCUUGUAUAACACCGAAUUGUCGUGGAAUUCAUCAGGUUCAUUUCGUUCCGGUCACCGCGAAUUUUACAAUAAUUGACUUGGAGCGUUCUUUUAAGGUGACGCCUGAGCCGAAUUUGCAUGCGUGUACGUUAUGUAGACGUGAGUUGUGCUCACAUUGUGGGAACGAAAGUCAUGGAAAAUUGAGUUGCGAAGAAUAUGGAAGAAUACGAAGUAGUGCAGAUGAGUCAAUUGUUCAGUGGAUAGAAAAAGAUCCGGAUCAUCGUCGCAGAUGUCCGAAGUGCGGCACCGUGAUUGAGAAAGAAGCCGGCUGUAAUCAUAUGCAGUGUGAGAAAUGUAAAAUUCACUUCUGUUGGCUGUGCCCAUUCUCGGUGAUUUAUCCAUUUUUUCUGUUCAAUUCUUUUUUUCUCAUUAUCACGGCGAAAAUAACAAUGGCAGCUGUAGAACUAUUAACAUGGAAUCAAUUUCAGCAUGAGGAAAGCGGAGCCGUAUAUGCACAUUUACAAGAUGAGCACGGUGGACUUGGCGCCGAUUUGGAAGCGCUUCUUCAGGAUAUUGAUGAUCCAGCUCAAGCACGAAGGCUAAUGGCUGAGCUGAGGAAUCAAGGUGCAAUGGCAGCAGAUGUUUGGGAUGACGAAUUAGUGGAUGAUGAUGAGUGGUUUGAGGAUGAGCCAUGGACACUGGAACAAGGAGACGAGGAUUUGGGUUUUGAUUUGGCUGAUAAUAUUGGUGAUGGUCUGGACGAGAUGGAUAUGUGGUCUGAAGAUUAUGAGGAUAUUGGCCAAGAUUUUGUCGAUGAUUUCGAUGGAGAUGACGUUGAUUUACCAGAUGAAGUGGAUCAUAUGGAUAUGGAUCAUCUUGAAGAUGACUUGAAUUCAGACGAUAACGGAAUAUCGAUUUGGGAUGACGGACAGACUGAGACUGAGUAUGAAUAG